UACCGAAAGCCAUUCUUUAGAAGAAGGAAUUGUUAUUGAAAAAGGAAGAGUCGUGAAUUUGCAGACUACUCUAAAGAUUCGACGACAAUGGGCAAGGCAAAAACCACGAGAAAAUUUGCUCAGGUAAAACGAACAUUGAAUCCCAAAGACCAGCGUCUUCAAAAGAAGAAUGACAAGAAGGAUAAGCCUGCCACAACAAAAAAUGGUGAAUUAAUUAGAGAAAUACCUCAAGUUGCUUCAAAUCUCUUUUUCCAGUACAACGAAAGUCUUGGACCACCUUACCAUGUUUUGAUUGAUACAAACUUUAUCAACUUUUGUCUUCAACAAAAGAUUGAGGUGUUCGAUGGAUUGAUGUCUUGUUUGUAUGCAAAGACCAUUCCUUGUAUUACCGACUGUGUGAUGGCCGAGUUGGAGAAACUGGGAAUUCGUUAUAGAAUUGCACUUCGCAUCGCCAAAGAUGAACGCAUGGAGCGUUUACCUUGUUCGCACAAGGGUGUUUAUGCAGAUGAUUGCAUAGUCAAUCGAGUAAUGCAGCACAAAUGCUACCUGGUAGCUACCAAUGACAAAAAUCUAAAGCAAAGAAUCCGAAAGAUUCCCGGUGUACCCAUUUUGUCAGUGGCAAGCCACAAGAUCAAGGUGGAGCGUUUGGUGGAUGUUGUAGAUUAAGCUGCAUGGUAAAAAAACAGCAGUUAAAAGGUUUUUGGAUUUGGAAAUGUGGAAUUCUACAUGUUGUACAAGUUUACAAAACAUUUUGGGUUAUUGGAAUGAGCAUAAUGUUUAGGGUUAGUUAAUUCAACAUGAUUUUUGUAUUAUUCUUUGAUAAUAGCUUGGCAUCAAUUAGUACUGUGACACGGAG